AUGAUUGAUGUUGGACAGCUCAAUGAUGACCAGUUGAUGUCAAUGGUCACUCGGCAUACUGAACACAUUCAACAAGUGCCGUAUGACGAUGAAUCGUUGUCCAGUUUGAAAUCAUUCAGCGUCAACACCAAUACAACCAAGCUCAGCAGUAUCAAGAGACAGAUUGAGGAAUGCUUUGAACUAGUCGAGUCGACAGGAGAAAGUGACACUGGCCUUGCCAAUGAUGUGCCUCACAAGUUGGACGGUCACAUCAUGUCAAUGAGCGGCAACAAGUGCUCAUUGUUCUCAAUGGAGGCAUGUCGAUGGACCGAGAUAAAUGGUACCUUCAACAAAUCAUUGGGUCGAGUUGACACAUCAGCUGUCUACGCUCGCGGAAGUGUCUAUGUGUUUGGUUCAGCCUCGGCAACAAAGUAUGUGCGAUACUCAUUGGGCGAGAAGAAGUGCUACGAAGGUGAUAUUGUUGGAGUGUGUGGCGAUCAAUACUUGGCCGUGUGUUAUGACGGUGACCAUAACAUCUACUUGGUCGGUGGACGCGUUGGCGAUCGUUUGGAGGUGUCCACCUUUGACAUUGACACCAGGUUGUUCAGUCAAGUUGGACUGUUAUCGCUGCCAUUCAUCUCGGCACCAAUAUUCUACUACCAAGACUGUGUGCACAUUGUCGAUCAGAACAAUGGCAUCGUAUCAUUCAAUGUCAAGACCAAGGCGAUUGACUAUGACUUUAUGGAUCUCGAGCUGGAUGAGACCAACUCAUGUUGUUUCGAUGGCGAAGGCAAUGUGUACGUACUCACCCAGGACACAUUCACCCGAUGCUCAAUGUCCACUGGUCGAUCUACCAAGUUGGCAGACUGUCCAAUGGAGACACUAUAUGGUAAAUUAGUCUAUGAUAAAGUGUUUGGAAUCUAUUACAUUGUUGGCAGAGGUGGCAACUAUCGUUACUCAAUCAAAAGCAACAAAUGGAAGGAUCUUGAAGACGGUGACCCAAGUGCAGAGAGAGGAUCUUACGGAAUGUGUUUGAUACGUGACUAA